GUCCGCCUCCAUUGUGCAAGACCGUCUUCGGACAAGGGGAGACCCAGCGGAGUUGACACCAUGAACAUCAAGGCACUCUUGGCGCUGACAGCCGUGCUCACUGUGGUGGCCGCCGAACGCGCAGGCUACAGUGCCGGAGUGUACAACCCAGCCCUUUACAACACCGGAGCUUAUGCCAGCGGCGAUUACUACAGCCGCGGCUACAAUGCUCGCCGAGGCUACGGUGAUCAGUACUACGGCAGAGACGGCUACUAUGGCGGCUACUCUGGUGGUCGCUACGUGGCCCCGUACCGAUCAGCAUACGGAUAUGCUCCGGGAUACUCAACAGGCUACGCGGCCGGCUACAACCGGCUGUACAGUGGAACCACCUACGGUGGCUACUCUGACUACAGGAGAUACGGAGCGUAUGGUUCACCCGCGGGAUACGCGGGUUACGCCGAUGGUCGCUACGGAUACGCCGAUGGUCGCUACGGAUACGCCGAUGGUCGCUACGGGUACAGCGAUAGUCGCUACGGACGUUCCCACUACGGAGGUGCAUACAGUCCUUACGGUGCCUACAGAAGCGGCCUCUUCGAUGACCGUUACAACCAGUACAUGUCCAGUCGAGGGUACUACGGAGCGCCGUACGGGGGCGCGUACAGUCCAUACGAGCAACGCACACCGUUCGGAUACAGCUACGGCUACACCUCUCCUAACAGCCAGGUGUACAGUUCCGCGGGAUACCGUGCUUAAAGGCGCAUAAGGCGAGGACAACCAUCUGAGGUUGUAUAACGGAGCGUAAUGAACCACAGCGCUCUUUCAUGAGCAUUAUGGGCAGCUUAAUUUCGUUUAAUAAGAAAUUUUGGUGACGUUUUGGCCAAAGCCUCUCCAAGCACGAAAAGCACGAAAAUGCUAAAAGGAAGAUAUCCCUUGUAUGGCGG